AAAAAAGAAGAAGAAGAAGAAUAGUAUGCGAUUCGAGUUCCAAAAGUCAAGGUUCCCUUCUCUCUUCCUUCUCCUUCUCUCUCUCUCUCAUUUCGCUGCAGAAGAAAAUGAAGUUUCCUUGUAGAUUACCAAACAGCCUUAUCUCCUAUCUCCUAUCGUCAUCCGAAUCCAACUAUUAUAGAACUUGUGAUUCUGAGGGAAGUUCUCAAUUGCUAAAAGAUUAUGCGACGCGGGAAUUCAAUGCUUUCCUCUGGAUUUCUCUCGUCACUGUCACAGCUCUCUUGUUCGAGAAGGUUUUCAAGUUGUGUAGAUUAUGGUCUAAAGCGAGGAGAAUCGCUGGGCCUCCUUGUACUUCCUUCUUCGGGCAUAAUAACUUUGGUUCCCGCGGGAAUUUCAUCGACCUGUUGUCGGAGCUGCACAAUGAAUAUGGAUCAGUUUUUAAGUUGUGGUUGGGGCCUACUCAGCUUCUGGUAUCCAUAAAAGAUCCAGAACUUAUCAAAGAGAUGCUUUUGAAGGCUGAGGACAAAUUGCCUUUUACUGGAAAGGCUUUUCGAUUAGCCUUUGGACGAUCAAGCCUUUUCUUUUGCUCCUAUGAUCAGGCAGAAAAGAGGAGGGAAUCAUUGGCACUGCAGUUAAAUGAAAAGUUGGUUGGGAGAGCAAAUGUAAUUCCUAAAUAUGUCAUAGAUUGUAUUAUGGAAAGAAUAGAAGAGAUUAUGGGCAAAGGAAAUGUUGAUUGUAAAAUGGUUUCUCAACAUAUGGCUUUUACCAUUUUGGGGGCCACACUAUUUGGAGAUGCAUUCUUGGCAUGGUCUAAGGCAAAUUUCUAUGAGGAGCUUCUAAUGACGAUUGCUAAGGAUGCUUCCUUUUGGGCCUCUUAUAGAGUUACUCCCUUCUGGAAACAAGGAUUUUGGAGAUACCAGUCUUUGUGCGCAAACUUGAAAUGUUUAACCCAGGAUAUUGUUCAACAGUGCAGAAAAAAUUGUAAAAUUUUUCACCAUGUGGAUCAAAACUCCAAUGAUGAAACUGUCAAAUAUGGGAUGAAAGCUGCAUCUGGCAUACCACCUUCUGGUGUUGUGCUGCAAGAUAAAUUCUCAAGGGAGCUUGAUGGCCAUCUUAAUUCAAGGGAAGAGCCAUGUGGGAAUAUAAUGGGUAUGAUGUUUCAUGGAUGCUUAGCCACUGCAGGUUUGAUGACUAAUAUCUUGGAAAGGCUUGCUACAAAUCCAGAGAUACAGGAUAAGAUAUACUUGGAGAUUAUUAUGGUAAGGCAAGGAUCAACAAAAGAUGCUCAAAACGUUGAUAAGAUGGUCUUACUAUUGGCAACUAUUUAUGAAUCAGCUCGCCUUCUGCCACCUGGACCUUUGCUACAGAGAUGUUCUUUGAAAGAUGAUUUGAGACUCAAAAAUGGUGUAAUUAUACCCGCUGGAGCAGGAUUGGUUGUGCCUGUGCAUCUGCUGCAGAUGGAUGAUGCUAGUUGGGGCAGUGAUGCUAGCAAAUUUAAUCCAUAUCGGUUUUUGCCAAAAGUUGGAAAGGUUUCUGAUUCAGAGCAGGAUAAUUCAUUUACAGGGGUUGCUGAAGGUUAUGUUGACACAACUCGGACCUCAUUCGUUUUGAAUGAUCCAAAUGACAAUGCAGCUUUUCUUCCCUUUGGUGCUGGUAUGCGUGCAUGUGUGGGUCAGAAGUUUGUAAUCCGGGGAGUUGCCACUUUGUUUGCGUCAUUGCUUGAACGCUAUAAGGUAAGGCUUCAACCGAGACUGGGAAAUGACCUCAAAUCAACUGUUCCAGAGAUAGUGUUUCUGAGGAGAAACAGUCAAAAGAAUGACUAAAUGUGAAGAUUACUGUGCAUGGACAAGCUUUUUUAUUGUUCAUCAAAUUAUUGUUGUAUAAACACUUAAUCGAACAAUCCCUUUUUAUCCUUCCUCUGUCUCGAGGAUCGAUGGGGAGUCCUUUCCUUUUUUUGCUCUGUAGCUACGAAAGAGGAGGAUGUUGCAUGAGUGUGUUUUAUGUCUCGUGCUGCUUCUCUUUCUCGUUUUUAGAAUAGCUUGAGUGCUGUCCUGAAUGCCAUGAUAAUUGGCUUGGUUUUGAAGCUCUCUGGGCAUGUAUUCGCUACCGAGCCUAACGGUUUUCUUCCCCAUCCUUCAUCUUUGAAGUUACUAUUAUUACCAAUUUCUAUUGUUCUCUCCUAUGAACCUUUUUUUUUUUUUCCCUCCAAGAGAGGGUUUAUGUUGUAACUUGAUGCUUAUACGACAUUGUGUAGCAAUAUUACUGUUGAUUUUCAUGAAUAAUGUUGUUCUUUUUAUUUUAAUUUUGGUAUAUUCAAGAAGGAAAGCACAAUUUCCUUUCAUUUUCUCUCA